AUGAAAUGUUUAUAAUUGUUAUAUAACCUUAACGUCAAUAUAAUUUUCAUUAUCAAAUUAUCAUAUACGCAUGUGAUAAAUCUAAUACGAGAGUUCGACGUUACAGCACAGUAUACAAUCGAAAAAUAAUUAUUACUUUAAAUAAUUAUGGCAAAGACAAUUGUGAAUGAUUUGAUACAAAUUUUUAAAAGCGGUGUAACGGCAGUCUUGCCUGAGAAUAUCAUAAAAAAAUGUUUAAAUUACAGUCCUAUAACACAAAAUCUAAAAGUUUGCGAAGAAAAUUAUGACUUAAAAAACAAAAAAGUUUACGUAAUCGGAACUGGAAAAGCUGCACAAAAUAUGGCUAUUGAAGUUGAGAAAUUAAUAGGAAGCAAAAUCACAGAAGGAAUAAUUAGUAUACCCAAAGGAAGCUUAAAUAAGAAUUUAAUUGAAACAAAUAUAUCUUAUUAUGAGGGUGCCAAAGAUAAUUUACCAGAUAAAGAAGCUAUGAUUACAGCUAAAAAAAUUUACCAUCUUAUAACAAAUCUAGGAAAAGAUGGUUUCCUUUUGGUCUUAAUAUCAGGAGGUGGCUCGGCUUUACUACCUUUGCCAAUAGAACCAAUAAAGCUAAGUGAAAAAACUACAUUAAUUAAACAAUUAGCACAUUCAGGUGCAGAUAUAAAAGAGUUAAAUACUGUUAGAAAAAGAAUAUCUGCUCUAAAAGGAGGACAAUUAGCUUUAAAAAGUAAAGCAAACAAAACUGUUGCACUAAUACUAUCAGAUAUAGUUGGAGAUCCAUUAGACUUAAUUGCUAGUGGUCCUACAACAGAGAAUACAGAUAAUCCAGAAGAUGCUUUAAAUAUUAUUAAGAAAUACAAUUUAUAUGAUAAUCUCCCACAAUCUAUAAUUACAGUGCUAGAUAAGAAUAAUCAACAACAUUUUCCAAAAGAAAUAGUUAAUAACUUUAUCAUUGGUUCAAAUAAAUUGACCACAGAAGCAGCUGCUAAUAAAGCUAAAGCACUUAGUUAUUUUCCUAUUCAAUUAUCAAAUAUUGUAACUGGUAAUGUCAAAGAAAUUGCACUCGAAUAUGCAAAUUUAACAAAAGUAUUUUGUGACUUUUUAAGUAACAAAAUUAAUGCAGCAACAUUAAGAGACAUCAUAGACAACUUAAGUAUACCAGGACUUAAUUCACAUUUCAUAGAUUCUCUUGAAAGUAUAAAAGAGAAGGAUAUCUGUUUGAUAUUUGGUGGUGAAAUUACUGUAGAAGUAAAAGGAACAGGGUUAGGUGGAAGAAAUCAACAAUUAGCUUUAGAAUACUCUUAUUAUUUGAAUGAUAUAAAAGAUGAACUAAACAAUUAUAAUAUUUACUUUCUAAGUGCAGGAACUGAUGGUAUUGAUGGACCUACAGAUGCAGCUGGAGGUAUUGGCUAUCUUGAUUUGAUAUCAGAUUGUAAAAAUGAACAACUAGAUGUUAAUUCAUAUUUGAAUAAUAAUGACUCAUAUAACUUUUAUAAGAAGUUUAAAAAUGGUUCCCUUCAUGUAAUAACAGGUCAUACAAACACUAAUGUGAUGGAUAUUCAUUUAAUAUGCAUUAAAAGACAAUAAUAAUUAUUAGAAAUAUUUUUCUA